AUGUUUACAGAGAGCAGGGAGCAGAGGGCAGGGAGUAGAGGGAAAAGAGCAGAGAGCAGAGGGCUGGGAGCAGAGGGAAAAGAACAGAGAGCAGAGGGCAGGGAGCAGAGGGAAAAGAGCAGAGAGCAGAGGGCAGGGAGUAGAGGGAAAAGAGCAGAGAGCAGAGGGCAGGGAGCAGAGGGAAAAGAGCAGAGAGCAGAGGACAGGGAGCAGAGGGCAGAGAGCAGAGAGCAGAGGGCAGGGAGCAGAGGGAAAAGAGAGGGCAGAGAGCAGAGGGCAGGGAGCAGAGGGCAGGGAGCAGAGGGAAAAGAGCAGAGAGCAGAGGGCAGGGAGCAGAGGGCAGGGAGCAGAGGGCAGGGAGCAGAGGGAAAGGAGCAGAGGGCAGGGAGCAGAGGGAAAGGAGCAGAGGGCAGGGAGCAGAGGGCAGGGAGCAGAGGGAAAGGAGCAGAGGGCAGGGAGCAGAGGGCAGGGAGCAGAGGGAAAGGAGCAGAGGGCAGGGAGCAGAGGGCAGGGAGCAGAGGGAAAGGAGCAGAGGGCAGGGAGCAGAGGGAAAGGAGCAGAGGGCAGGGAGCAGAGGGCAGGGAGCAGAGGGAAAGGAGCAGAGGGCAGGGAUCAGAGGGAAAGGAGCAGAGGGCAGGGAGCAGAGGGAAAGGAGCAGAGGGCAGGGAGCAGAGGACAGGGAGCAGAGGGAAAGGAGCAGAGGGCAGGGAGCAGAGGGCAGGGAGCAGAGGGCAGGGAGCAGAGGGAAAGGAGCAGAGGGCAGGGAGCAGAGGAAAAGGAGCAGAGGGAAAGGAGCAGAGGGUAGGGAGCAGAGGGAAGGGAGCAGAGGGCAGGGAGCAGAGGCAAAGGAGCAGAGGGAAAGGAGCAGAGAGCAGGGAGCAGAGGGCAGGGAGCAGAGGGAAAGGAGCAGAGGGAAAGGAGCAGAGGGUAGGGAGCAGAGGGAAAGGAGCAGAGGGAAGGGAGCAGAGGGAAAGGAGCAGAGGUAAAGGAGCAGGGGGAAAGGAGCAGAGAGCAGGGAGCAGAGGGCAUUGA